ACCGUCGAGUCAUAGUUCUUAAGAGACUGAUAUUGACAUAUGAAUGGCGUCGAGGCACUUAGGCAAGAAGGGCAUUCAAGCCUCUUUUAGAAUAGGUUUGGUUCUUCCACGAGUAGUAGUAGCAUCUACAGAGAGGCAGAUUUCCUCUACAGUUUCAAAAAGAGCUUCUGAAAGUGUCUCUUUUUCAUUCGCUCGGUAUUUUCAUGCGAGUCGAGAAACAUUGGCGAAAAGAAAAGAGGAUGCUGAUCGACUGCUGAGUCAUCGUGAACGCAAGAAACAGACUGUGAAAACGAAAGGAAAGUUCUCUAAACGGGAGAAAAAAACGGAUAAGCCACCUGUUGAAGCUCCUUAUGUGCCUCCUAGGCUGAAAAGAUUGGCAAAGGGAUUGCCUGAGAAGACGGUCGACAUAUUUGAAGGGAUGACACUACUUGAGCUCUCCAGGCGUACUGGUGAGUCAGUGGCGGUUUUGCAGAGCAUUCUCAUCAAUGUUGGUGAAACUUUUAGUUCAGAAUUCGACACAAUCAGUGUUGAUGUCGCCGAGCUUCUUGCAAUGGAAAUCGGGAUCAACGUAAGGAGGCAACAUUCUACAGAAGGAUCUGAAAUUCUUCCACGGCCUCCAGUUGUAACCGUAAUGGGCCAUGUCGAUCAUGGAAAAACCUCGUUGUUGGAUGCAUUAAGAAACACCUCUGUUGCGGCAAGAGAAGCAGGUGGAAUCACUCAGCACGUGGGUGCUUUCGUGGUGGGCAUGCCGGAUUCUGGCACUUCAAUCACAUUUCUCGACACUCCUGGCCAUGCUGCUUUCAGCGAGAUGCGAGCUCGGGGAGCCGCUGUGACUGAUAUAGUCGUGUUGGUGGUUGCUGCUGAUGAUGGGGUAAUGCCGCAGACACUCGAGGCUAUUGCGCACGCUAGAUCAGCGAAUGUUCCGAUUGUGGUUGCGAUCAAUAAAUGCGAUAAACCAGGAGCUAAUCCGGAAAAAGUUAAGUACCAGCUCACGUCUGAAGGGAUAGAGCUCGAGGAUAUUGGAGGAAAUGUUCAGGCUGUUGAGGUAUCUGCAGCGAAGAGUACAGGGCUAGACAAAUUAGAAGAAGCUCUGCUUCUCCAAGCCGUGGAUAUGGACCUCAAAGCACGUGUGGAUGGACCAGCUCAAGCAUAUGUGGUGGAGGCUCGGCUUGACAAAGGCCGUGGACCGUUAGCCACCAUUAUUGUAAAAGCCGGAACCUUGGUGAGGGGUCAGCAUGUAGUCAUCGGGUCUCAGUGGGGAAGACUCAGGGCUAUUCGGGACAUGAUCGGUAAGACAACGGACAGAGCAACACCAGCGAUGCCCGUCGAGAUUGAAGGGCUUAAAGGUCUUCCAAUGGCUGGCGACGAUGUCAUUGUGGUGGAAUCAGAGGAACGCGCGAGGAUGCUGAGCGAAGGGCGAAAAAGGAAAUAUGAAAAAGAUCGGUUGUUGAAAGCAGAGGAAGCGAGAAUAGAGGAAGCAGCAGCGAGAAUGGAAACAGAGUCUGAAGAAGGGUUUGUUCGGGUUGAAUUACCGAUAGUUGUGAAAUCGGAUGUGCAAGGGACUGCACAGGCUGUUGCUGAUGCGUUAAGAACAUUAAAUAGCCCACAGGUAUUUGUGAACAUUGUUCAUAGCGGAGUGGGAGCAAUUUCUCACUCUGAUUUGGACUUGGCACAAGCUUGCGGUGCGUGUAUCGUUGGGUUUAACGUUAAGAGUGGAAGUUCUGCUAAUCUUUCUGCGGCUCAAGCCAGCGUCAAGGUAUUCCACCACCGUGUGAUAUACCAUUUGCUCGAAGACAUUGGGAACUUGAUCGUAGAAAAGGCACCAGGAGUUUCGGAGAUGGAGGUGGCUGGUGAAGCCGAGGUACUUAGCAUUUUCAAAAUCUUAGGAAAGAGAAGAACCGAAGAAGAUGGAGUAAGCAUUGCAGGUUGCAAAGUGAUGGAUGGUCGGGUAUGUAGAAGUGGACUCAUGAGGCUUCUGCGGAGCGGAGAAGUGGUCUUUGAAGGCUCGUGCGCGUCGCUGAAACGGGAGAAACAAGACGUGGAACAGGUAGGGAAAGGGAACGAGUGUGGACUUGUGAUGGGAGAUUGGAAUGAUUUUAGAGUCGGAGAUGUGAUUCAGUGCAUGGAGCCAGUCAUCAGGAAACCUAAAUUCAUUUCCUCUGAGAGUGGAGCUGUGAGAAUUGAAUGCUGAGAUCUACUAAACCUUAAAACUCCUAAAUCAAUUAAAUCUGAUUGUUUAGGAUAUUGAUUUUUGCCUAUUACUCUGAUAAGUUUUUUCUUUUGUUAUACUAGAAAACUGUCUUAUUAUCAAAAGAAAUUCAUAGGUAAAAAAAGUUUAGUAACUUUGUUAACAGUAACACAUGUUAAUAAUAUUGAUUAAUGCUU